CUUUGCACUGUCUUGGAAUCAUCUUGCUUGCUCUGCUGUUUCUAAUUUGCUGUCAUCAGAAGGAGUUCGUUGAGACAUCUCCCAAAAGGAUCCUAUAAUCCACCAACAGGACGGCAUUGUACAGAGGGCUUUUUCUUCUGCAGAACUGUGGAGAAAAAUGAAUGGGCCUGCAGCUUCAAGCCAGCUCUUCAACUGCUCAAAUCAAUCAAAUUUCAGUUUGGAAACAUCAGAGCAAUGUGGCAAAGAGACACACCUUGAGAACAUGAUUUUUGCCAUUUUCUACUUUCUAGACUUCAUCCUGGCUUUUGCUGGCAAUGCCCUGGCUCUUUGGCUUUUCAUCCGGGACCAGAAGUCAGGCACACCUGCCAACAUUUUCCUGAUGCACCUUGCUGUGGCUGACCUGUUCUUUGUGCUGGUACUCCCCACCCGGCUGGUGUACCAUUUUUCUGGUAACCAUUGGCCAUUUGGUGAGAUCCCAUGCAGACUCACAGGUUUCCUUUUCUACCUCAACAUGUACGCCAGUAUUUACUUCCUGAUGUGCAUCAGUGUUGACCGUUUCCUGGCCAUCGUGCACCCGGUGAAGUCCAUCAAGCUCCGCAGGCCCCGCUAUGCCCACGUGACGUGUGUAUUCCUGUGGGUCGUUGUUGGGGUGGCAAUGGCACCUCUGCUGCUCAGUGUGCAGACUGUGCAGAUGAAAAACACAACUGUGUGCCUGCAGCUCUACAGAGAAAAGGCCUCACGCCACGCCCUCGUGUCCUUAGCAGUGGCAUUCACCUUCCCCUUUGUGACUACUGUGACCUGCUACCUACUCAUCAUCCAGAGCCUGAAGAGUGGGAACCGAGUUGAGAAACACCUAAAGGAAAAAGCUGUCAAAAUGAUCAUCAUGGUCCUGAUGAUCUUCCUAAUUUGCUUUGUACCUUACCACGUCAAUCGCUUCAUUUAUAUUCUCCACUACAACGGGAGCAGAGCUUCCUGUGAAACGCAGCGUCUGCUGGCCCUCAGCAACCGCGUCACCUCCUGCCUCACCAGCCUCAACGGGGCCUUUGACCCCAUCAUGUAUUUUUUUGUGGCUGAGAAAUUCCGUGAGGCUUUGUGCAAUCUGUUCUGCAUUAAAAAGACCAUAAUGUUGCCUCAAACAUAUGAGGGUAAGACAAAUGAAAGCUCACUAAGUGCUAAAUCUGAACUGUGAACAUGACUCUUAUAGUGCUUCAUCUUAAGAACACUCUCUUCCACCAAAAUCAGCUGAGAGCACAAAUAUGCAGCAAGACAGUCCAACCAGAGUCAAACUCAUCCUGAAAAGAGAAGUUCUGUUGUUUUUAUGAAGCUGCCAUUAACAAGAACCCCUUGACCAUAGAGAACACAUGUGUUUGUGUUGCUGAAACUGCAAACAGAAGGACAGAUCCUCUGGUUUCCAAGAACUGAAACUGAGGGUUGAGCAUUUAGGAAUAGGGAAGGGGGACAGUGAGGGAAAUGGACCUAUGUAUUUUUUUUUUUCAAAGAACUGAAUUCCCAAAGCACUCAGUGCUUUCUCUGCGCAAUGCAUACAGCCUUAUUUAAAAUUUCACAUUGUUCCAGCAGUAGAGAUCCACUCCUGAGACAGACCUGCCCGAUGAAAAAACCUCCACAUUUGCACAUCUUGUUCAAGUUUCUGAAUUCAAAGUGUUUAUAUGUAAUAGAGAGAAAAUUGGUACUAAAUGGUGACAGGAAAAAAAAAAUCAGAAUGAAGCAAUGAACCCCGUCUGGACAGGAAUUAAGACAGAAGAGAUUCCUAGCUUUAAGAUGGUUUACAGUUCUUUUCUGUGACUUAUCUAGCAAGACUACUCCUUUACUAUGGAUAAGUAGGGAUUAUUGUUAUUCUCACUGAUACAAACUGCAUCCAGCAAAACACGUCUGCUACAACGAAAAGGAAAAAAAAGAACACACAAGCUUCCAAUAAUAUUUCCUAAAAGACUGCUUCAAUGCUAUGGAUAUAAAUAUUACAGGAAAUCAUGUGGCAGGUGAAAUAUAUUGUUACAGAGAUACACACACACCUAUCUCUCUGCUAAGUUUUGGGAACGAGUUCCUUACCAUCUGAGAUUUGGUCCACAAAUUACAAAAUCAAACAUACUUUAUCUUGCUUGAGCUUUUAUCCUGACUGCUUCCCCAAAACACCCUAAGUGCUAUUCCAACAGCCCAUUCUAGCAAGAUGAGAUGCCAAAAUAAAAUCAAUUAUGCCCAGCUCAAAUAAAUAACGCACAGAGGUUACAUGCAGUAUGAAAAAAUAAGAGGGAGUUGAGAAGACUCCCUGCUGGACAAAUACAAGUAUGUGAACUUUUCUUCCU